CACAGCCACAACUUUAGAUAAUGAAAAUCAUCAAAAAUAUCCACAUUACCCCCCAAAAACUCAUAUAUAUAUAAAAAAAAUAAUAAUAAAAUAAUAAAGAAAUCCACAUGGCCCCCCAGUUAAAUUCCUUUCCACAAUCAACAAAAAUAUCUCCCUAACCAGUCAAUUCCAUAGGAGUGGCAACUGGCAAUCGAACCUCAAUUUUGAGUGGUAAUAGCUGUUUGAUGUGUUGUGUUCAUUAAAACCUCAAAAUUUGGAGUGAGAUCUCGUUUUACCUUUCGGGCUUUAGUUUCUGGAUUAUGGCUUCCCUCGCUACUUCAUCAGUGACACCAUACUUAUCUCACUCUUCAAACCUCAAUUUCACAACUCUUGAAAAGAACUUCAAAUGCUGUCCAAAUGUGAGUUAUGAAAGUGGUGCUUCUUUUAGCAGAAGCAGCAGCCUUAGGAGGAACAGAAGUUCAUCCUCGUCAUCUGUAUGCGUCGGCCUCACCAUUAGAAGUGCUGCAACCAAACCUGCCAAAUCACCAGCUGAAGAAGAGUGGUCCAUUAAGCGGAAAGUCUUGCUUGAGAAGAAGGUCCGAAGUGUAGAGGUCAAAGAAGCUUUGAGACUACAAAAAGAAAAUAACUUUGUGAUACUUGAUGUUCGUCCAGAGGCUGAGUACAAAGAGGCACAUCCACCAGGAGCUAUUAACGUUCAAAUAUAUAGGCUGAUAAAGGAGUGGACAGCCUGGGAUAUUGCCAGGAGGGCUGCAUUUGCAUUCUUUGGCAUCUUCCAAGGCACUGAAGAGAACCCUGAAUUCUUGCAGAUUGUUGAAUCAAAAUUAAAUAAGAAUUCCAAGAUUAUAGUAGCUUGCUCUUUUGGUGGAACCAUGAAGCCAUCCCAAAACCUUCCAGAAGGCCAACAAUCAAGGUCUCUGAUAGCAGCUUACUUGCUAGUUCUCAAUGGAUAUACUAAUGUGUAUCACCUGGAGGGAGGACUAUAUACCUGGUUUAAAGAAGAGUUGCCUUGUGUUUCUGAAGAAGACUGAAGCUAUAAAAUUAAUUGCAGAAACUAGCUAUAGUUGUAGGUUGGUUCCUCAAUAGUUUGCAUCACAUUCAGCACCAUUGGUCCUGGGUGACAGGAUAUUUUUGUACAUAAACGACUUACCUCAAUAGAGUUUGAGGACUGGAAAUUACCAGAAGAAACUAACCACUGGCCUCCUCCAAAAUCACGUUUUACCUACAUUCCUUCCUUUAAAUUUUGUCCAGAAAAGUACCACAUUUGCCUCCAGAACUGUAAACAAAUAACAGCACACACUUGAAUGGCACAAGAUCAAAUGUUUUUUUUUUUUUUUUUUAUAUUUGCAGGGUGUCUACCGUCGGCAACAGUGACUAAUCUACUUCGCUAAUGGUAGGCACCUUGAUGGGUGGAAAAGUUGAUCAAAGGAUUAAAAGUUGUUCCAUACUCACGGCGAAAUUCAAACCCUCAACGUAUGGUUAAGGGUGAAGGAGUCUUUACCACUCGACCACAACAACCCUUUGGUUGCACAAGAUCAAAUGCGAAGAGGGGGUGAAGGAAUUUGACUUCUCACUCCGUGUCUCUGAAAAAAUCUCCCAAAAAAAAAAAAAAGUUACACCAAAGUCCAAAAACAUACCCAAAGUGAAAAUUAAUUAACCCCACGAAAGCUCGAAUAGAUGUGAUAAUGAUUUGAAGAUGGCUGUAAAGGUCAUCUUCACUCGUUGUUUCUUUUUUCAAACAAAAGGCCCGAAUCAUAUUAUUCCUUCUUCACCUUUUCUUGUCUUUUGGGGAUGGUUUGGAGCUAAUUUCGGCGCAACAACAGCAUCACAUUCACGGGUCACUGCUGAGGUUUAUUGAUUCCCCCACUAUUUCAAUUGUCAAAACUUUAGACAUUAAAUUUCAUGCUUGAAUGCAAUAUUAAGGUUGAUUAAUUAAAGUAACCCAUUGAAUUGAACUAGUCAAAGGCUCAAAGCGCAAACAGACGUUGGACGGUUGGUGGGCAAAUUUGAAACCAAAGCGUGAAAAUUGACUCACCCCUCCAAAAUGGCAACCCUCUCCAUAUACUGAUGCUGAGUAAAAGUUUCGACCUUUGGUCAGUGUUAUCAUCCCUUUUUGAGUUUCUUGGAUUGAAAACAUAAAAUAUCCCUUUGAAUUACACAAUGUAGAAAUAUGCAGAUUGUGAUAAAUUAGUAUUAAUGGAGAUGCCUCCUCAAUUCUCCAUAUCAGAUUAUCAGUAUAUUAACCUUAUCAUCAUUGUAUAGUAGUGACAUCAUUAGUGUGAGUAAAGAAAAUAGUUGUUCAAUUAAAAAAGCCAUACGCCGUGGCCCGUGAGGUGAAUAAAGGCCAGCAAACAACAUUCACAAUGGUCCCUCUACUUGUUUACGCUCAAAUGUAAUGAGAUUAACCUUCCAAU